CCUAAGGUCAUUAUUGGAAACGAAAAGUAGCUCCCACAAUAUAAAAAUCUUGGAACCCUAGAUUUUAUUAUCUUCGUGCUUCCUUGCUCCGUUUCUCAGUCUGUGUCUUUGCGGCUGAGGAUUCCGAACAAUUGGCCUUCGCUUCUCGCUAAGUUUAACUCAACAUGGGUAAGGAAAAGGUUCAUAUCAACAUUGUGGUCAUUGGACAUGUCGACUCUGGGAAGUCAACUACCACUGGUCAUUUGAUCUACAAGCUUGGAGGUAUUGACAAGCGUGUGAUUGAAAGGUUCGAGAAGGAAGCUGCUGAGAUGAACAAGAGGUCAUUCAAGUAUGCCUGGGUGCUUGACAAGCUCAAGGCCGAGCGUGAAAGAGGAAUUACCAUCGAUAUUGCUUUGUGGAAAUUCGAAACCACCAAGUACUACUGCACAGUCAUUGAUGCCCCUGGACAUCGUGACUUUAUCAAGAACAUGAUCACUGGAACCUCUCAGGCUGAUUGUGCUGUCCUUAUUAUUGAUUCCACAACUGGUGGUUUUGAAGCCGGUAUUUCCAAGGAUGGACAAACCCGUGAGCAUGCUCUUCUUGCUUUCACCCUUGGUGUGAAGCAGAUGAUCUGUUGCUGUAACAAGAUGGAUGCCACUACCCCCAAGUACUCCAAGGCUAGGUACGAUGAAAUCGUGAAGGAAGUUUCAUCCUACUUGAAGAAGGUUGGUUACAACCCAGACAAGAUUCCAUUUGUUCCAAUCUCUGGAUUUGAGGGUGACAACAUGAUUGAGAGGUCCACCAACCUUGACUGGUACAAGGGACCAACUCUCCUUGAGGCUCUUGAUCAAAUCAAUGAGCCCAAGAGGCCCUCAGACAAGCCACUCAGGCUCCCCUUGCAGGAUGUCUACAAGAUUGGUGGUAUUGGUACCGUGCCAGUUGGACGUGUUGAGACCGGUGUCUUGAAACCUGGUAUGGUGGUGACCUUUGCUCCCACAGGUUUGACAACUGAAGUUAAGUCUGUUGAGAUGCACCACGAGGCCCUUCAAGAGGCUCUACCAGGUGACAAUGUUGGCUUCAACGUGAAGAACGUUGCUGUCAAGGAUCUCAAGCGUGGUUUCGUUGCAUCCAACUCCAAGGAUGACCCUGCCAAGGAAGCUGCCAACUUCACAUCCCAAGUCAUCAUCAUGAACCACCCUGGUCAGAUCGGAAACGGUUAUGCACCAGUGCUGGAUUGCCACACUUCUCACAUUGCAGUCAAGUUCGCCGAACUCGUCACUAAGAUCGACAGGCGAUCAGGUAAGGAACUGGAGAAGGAGCCCAAAUUUUUGAAGAAUGGUGAUGCAGGUUUCGUUAAGAUGAUUCCAACCAAGCCCAUGGUGGUUGAAACCUUCUCUGAGUAUCCUCCUCUUGGUCGUUUUGCCGUGAGGGACAUGCGUCAAACGGUGGCUGUCGGAGUCAUCAAGAGUGUUGAGAAGAAAGACCCUACUGGAGCCAAGGUCACCAAGGCUGCUCAGAAGAAGAAGUGAUUUCAUCAUGUUGGUUACAGAAAAAACUUUCAUAGUAGUUUAUCCUUACAGAGUCUUAGGCCAAAGUCAUGUAUUCUUAUACAAGGUUCAUGGUCGCCGGACAAUUUUUUCUUUGUUGUCUGUUCAUGAGAGUACUAUUUUUGUUUUCUUUUAUGUAAGAGUCUGAGUUUUCUAUUUAAGAAGCAGGAAGAGGGUUUAGCCCUUUUUCUGCCGAGAGAUGUUUUAACUGCGUUUUUUUUUAUAUGAAAGUUUUGUCAAUGGAUUAUCGUUUUUAUA